AGCCGCUCAAACUUAAUGGAAGGUACUAAGUCACAGCCUGCAACAAACAAUGCUUUAUAAAUUUUAAUUUACAAGAAUUAAAUCUUAACAACACAAUUUGACUCUAAAUUCUUACUCAACCCCCAAUUAAAUGAGCUGAUAAUGUCAGCUGUCAGGUAAAUAUUUAAUUUAAUCUCUAACUUUCUCUAGGGUAGAUACUCUCAAACUUUAUGAAUGGUUCACCUGUUAGUAGAAUGGAUUUUUUAGAAUCAGAGCUUUUGGGCAAUUUUAUUUUGUUAAGUUUUCUCUAUUCAUUUAACAAUUAAGUACAUUAGUAAUGCAUCUGAACAUCUAUUUUAUUUCAAUGUAUUUGUGUGAUUUUUCAGAAAAAAAUCAGAUGGAUUCUAAUCAAAUAUUAGCACUUCAGAAUGCCCUUCCUCCGUCAACAGAUGUAAAAAUGGAAUUAAAAGAUGCAAAUGUUUAUCAUAUUGAGGUUUUACAAAGCCCAUGCAGGUACAUAAUUUGAUUUAACAUUUUUAAGACAAUACAUUAUAUUAAGACAGCAUACCCUGUUCCACUAUUUCCUUCACACUUUUUGAACACAGCUCUUCAUUUAUCAUCAUAUAUUAUUUUUACAAGUGACAAAGGGAACACAUUUAUUUCUUCUUGUGCAGUCUUAAGUGUAUUGAAUUAAACAAAAUCUGCUAUGUUCCUCUCUUUUUUUUAAAAAAAGAUAUUACAUAAAUGCCGCAGUAUUUAUAAAGUAACUUAACAAUAAGUGAUGUUAACUAUUAUAGGUAACUAAUUAGUGCAAUAAGUUUUUUUAACGAGUCCUUAAUAAAUGUGAUCAUAUUUUCUUUAUUUUUUGUUGUGUCUUGAUAUGGUCUGGUAUCAAUUUAGUGUUUCAUUUUAGAGCCUGAUGCUUUCUAAGCUGUAGAGAUGUUUGAAAUAAAUUUGGUUUUAUUCUGCCAUCAACAACUGCCCAACUAAGAUAUUCUUCUUUGCCUUUUCAACUCCUAGUGGAGCAUAGAAAAUUAAAAAUAUUUUUAAAAGUUUUCCGAUCUCUAGCUACUUUCUCUAAGUUUUUCCAAUUUUUUCCAAUCUUUAUUAUAUCUUUGUCGACAUUGCUUCGCCAGGUGUUUUUUUGGGUCUUCCGUGUCCUCUUAAUCAUUCAGGGUUUCCUAUCAGUGUUUCUCUUGUUAUAUUUGCCAUGGGUUUUCUCAUGGUACGAACUAUCCAUCUCUACCUUCUUUUCUGGAUUGCUUGCUCCACUGGGAUUUGUGCUGUUAUUUCCCUCAAUGUUGGGUUUGGAUUUUGUGGAACCAAUUGUGACUUCAUUUUGAGGAAUUUACGAAGGUUUGCAGUCUAUUCCAACCUUUCUUGGUUGAACAUCUUUAAAAUACAUAAAACAGUAAGAUUUGCCUUUGAAACAUCUAGGAAAAAUUUUAUAUCUCAAUUUUCAGCACUUUACGGCAAAAUCAGCUUAAAGAAAAAGUUAUUGAACUAUUAAGAGCCAAGAAAACAGCAUUUGGUGAUUUUGUGUUGGAAGAAUUUCAGGACCCGUUUAUACAACAGAAUAUCAAAUACAUAGCACUCUGUGAUGUGGAACUGCCUGGUGUUGAAAAGAAGGUUUUUUAUCCUCAGUAGUAUAUCCAUAAAUGUUACUCAGUAGCUUAAAAUAUAAAGAGCAGUGAACUCUAUCAUAGAUAUUGCCAAGAGUUUGUGCACAUUCUUACCACCAGUUAGAAGACCAUAUUUUUUAUUGAAGUAUUUGAAGUUCAAAAAAUUUAAAUACUUUUAAAUGCUUCAAGCAAAUCCAAAAUCUUUAUUUUUGUUAAAUCAGUGAAAAAUGAAAUCAUUAAACAGUUUGUGUCAGUAUACAUGAAAUUUCUUCUCUUUUUGUCAUGAACUUAAAAAUAUUUUCUGAACCUGUGUUUAUCUGAUUAGGUAAUUGAUCUAACUACUGCAAACCUCCAAAUUCAUGUGUUCCAACUGCACACGGAUGGAGCCGGCACAGAAGAACUAGACGAGGAAAACAUGUCUGCAGCAUCUCACUGGAUCCUACCUGCAUCUGACUUUCAUGGUCUGUGGGAGAGCUUGGUCUAUGAUGAUGCUAUCAAAAUAAGGGUAAGAAAUGAAUCUAGUACAGGAUUAGAUUUCCCUUGCCAGCCUACUGAGAACACAGCAACAAUCACAACAAAUGAAUUGACAUCUUAUAAUUGAUCUAGGGCAUUAGACUCCCUCGGAUAUAUCAUCUUCAAACCACUCAUCCACGCCAGACUCUCAGUCUGCCCACAUCACAUCCAGAAGCGAAUCCAUAAGCGAUCCCCUUAGAUUUUGCAGUAAAACCAGAGAAAACCUCAUCUCUAAAGCCUCUAAGAACUUCUGUGCCCUGACCAAAUGACCAUAGAUUCAAAUCUUGACUGUCCACUUUAACAGGGCUAAGAAUAAGGGAAGAUAUAUAGAAGCUAGAUGCGUUGAUCGACUCCACCAGACCUGAUAUCAUAACUGGUACUGCGACCUGGCUACAUGGAAAAAAAUUGAAUCAUCAGAAUUGUUUCCAAAAUAUUUAGGUUAUGAAGUUGAGAAAAGAGACAGGCCCUCCCAAGCCUAUGGUGGAGUACUUAUUGCAUCAAAAGCUGACCUGCGACUACAUAAUACCUACAAAGCAAAAGAUAUCGAACUCAUCUCUGGAACCUUUAAAACUUCAGGACAACACAAGAACAUAGCAGCCUACUAUCAACCCCCUAAAAAGGCGUAUGAAGACUGCCUGCAAGCUACCAAAGAAAAAUUUGAGAAACUAAAGAAAGCAAACAUGAGCAAUGUAAUGAAUGUCAUUGGAGACAUUAACACCCCCUAUAUCAACGGGAUUUCACCAACAAUAGCAGGAAAUCGAUACACGAAAAAAGUGAACGAAACAAACUGAAAAUAGUUGCAGACAAUGGCUUUAAACAACAAGUAGACUUCCCCACCAGAGAAGACAUCUUAGAUAUCAUCAUGACAACCUUUACAGUACGCUGCAAACCUUUUUUUGCCCAUAGGAAAGAGUGACCAUGAUAUUGUGCUGUGGGGAACACUUUUACGACCGCUCAAACAUAGGCCCCCCAAAAUGUAAAAUCUUCAUGUGGAACAAGGCGGAUGUGGGAGCCAUUCAACAGCACCUAAGAACAUAUGCAGAGGAAAUGAAAACCGAUCCAACUUGAACAUCAAACUCAGAGAGUUUCUGGAAUAAUUUCAAGGACAGGAUAACAAAUAUCAUUGAGAAACACAUAUCUUCAGACCUCGUAAACACACUAAUCCCUGCAUAGACAUCAAGAUACAGUGAGCCAUAUGGAGAAAACAGAGAGCACCAAAAAAGCAAGAUCAUCAGGAAAGAAGAAGGACAAAGAUAGGUACAAGCGCAUAGAGAAUGAAGAUAGAUAUGCAAUUAGGAACGCAAGCAAAACUUACCUUGUAAACAGUCAGUGAGGAUUUCACAGCGGCUCCUAAAAAGUUCUUGUCAUGCAUGAAGAGCUGAUGCCAAGAAUCAGAUGGAGUUUCCUAAAUUAAAGUACAAAGACAGUUUCCUUAAGAGCGAUAGUAAAAGUAAAGCAGAAAUCCUUGAUGCUCAAGUUCAGUCGGUUUUUACAGUGGAGGACACCCAGUCGGUCCUUAAAAAGGGGGAGAUUAACUACCCAGCAAUGGACAACACUGUUCGCAAUAUUCUUCUUUGUACUACUUCGAUACGCAUUCAAGGAUAGCAGUGAGGGAAUUUGGUUACACACCAGAGCUGAUAGAGGACUUUUCAACACUGCCCGCCUCCGAGCCAAGACCAAAGCGACAGUUGUCCUAAUUUGCGAGCUACUAUUUGCGGAUGAUGCGGCACUAACAGCUCACACAGAAAUUGGUUUGCAACAACUCGUGUCAAGCUUCUCCAAUGCCUGCAAAGAAUUUGGUCUGCAAAUCAGCUUGAAAAAGACAAACAUCAUGGCUCAAGACACUCGACCUCCACCUAACAUAAAAAUCGAUAAUGAAAACUUGGAGGUUGUGGACAGCUUCACCUACUUGGGGUCCAAGGUCUCCAAUACACUGUCCAUUGAAGAAGAAAUUAACAGCAGAAUCGGCAAGGCAGCUGCCACAAUGGCUAAACUAAAUAAACGGGUCUGGCAAAACACCAAGCUAACGGAGAAAACCAAACUGUGCGUCUAUCGAGCUUGUGUCAUCAGUACACUACUAUACGGGAGCGAGACAUGGACCACCUAUACAUCCCAAGAGCGCAAGCUUAAUAGCUUCCAUAUGAGAUGCCUGCGUCGCAUCCUUGGUAUUAAAUGGCAAGAAAAAGUGACUAAUAGUGAGGUCCUAAUGCGUGCGAAUACCCAAAGCAUGUUCACAAUCCUUAGUGAAAGACGCCUGAGGUGGCUAGGUCAUGUUAAAAGAAUGAGUCCCGGCCGCAUUCCGAAAGACCUCCUAUAUGGUGAACUUGCUUCGGGAAAGAGGAAAACAGGUCGCCCACGUCUGCGAUUUAAAGAUGUCUGUCAAAGGGACAUGAAAGCAGCCAAAAUACAUACAAGUGACUGGGAGUGUAAGGCAAAGGACCGAUCUACGUGGCGCACAGUUGUCAAAGAGGGCGUCAUGGUAGCCAAGGAGCGAAGAAUGGAAGAGGCUGCAGACAGAAGAGCUAGGAGAAAGGCCAAAACAUUUAGAAGCACGGAACUCGUGUGUAAAAACUGUGGUAAAGACUGUCACUCAAGGAUAGGACUGCACAGCCACUCGAGAAAAUGCAACCCAACCCAACGGUGAUGCACCAUCGUCUCACGAGACUGAAGGAUGCCGAUAUAUAAUGGACAACAUAGCCAUCUCAGAAUCAGGAGUUUUUAAACACCUACUGAAUAAACUGAGUCCUCACAAGGCCACUGGACCAGACUAAAUCUCGAGUUCCUAUUGAAGAUCAAAGCAAGGGAACUUGCCCCAAUCCUUAAAAAAUUGUUCCAAAUGUCGCUUGGUCAGGGAAGUGUACCACAGGACUGGAAGGACCCUAACUGUCACAAUCCUAAGAAAAGCGACAAACACCAACCUGCAAAUUACCUCCCUUUUUCCCUGACAUUGAUAACCUUCAAGAUCCUGGAACAUAUCCAUAGCACAGUUAUGAGACACCUUGAAAGGCACGAAAACCUCACUGGUUUUCUACAGACUACAUGGCUUCUGUAAAAUCGCUUCUUGGAAAUUCAAUUCUUAGUGACGGUGCGUGCUAUCGCACAAAACCUUGCCAAGGGAGAUCAAGUAGAUGCUGUCUUACAGGACUUCUCCAAAGAAUUUGACAAGGUUCCUCACCAGCUACUGCAGCACAAGCUUCACUUUUAUGGAGUCAAAGGUUCAACACUGGAUUGAAUUGGAAGCUUCCUGUCGGAGAGAACACAAUGGGUAGUAAACGAAGAAGUUCAUUUAACACCAGCUUAAGUUACUUUCGGAGUGGCACAGUGUUAGGCCCUCUUCUAUUCCUCUUAUAUAUCAAUGAUCUCCCAGAGGCCGUGUAAAAUUCUCUCUAGUGUAGAAUUUUUUGCAGACAACAGUUUACUUUACAGAAGAGUUAAGCAUCAAGAAGACCAGGCCCUCCUACAAGAAGAUCUGGCAGCACUAGAGAAUUGGGAGCGUAAUUGGUAGAUGGAAUUCAAUCUUAGCAAAUGUGUAGUCAUCCACAUCCGAUCUACAAAGAAGAAGGAACCUCUACCAUCCAGUUAUCAUCUCCAAACUCGUAACAACACCUGAAAGCAAGUACUUGGGAGUAACAUUCACCGACAACCUUACAUGGAGGCGUUCUCUCCCCUUUACCGUAUACAAUAUAUACCAAUGAUAUUCAAAGCCCAAGCGACACUGUUCCAAUCUUAAAAUUUGCUGAUGAUACUACCAUCGUUGGCUUAAUAUCUGAAGGAGAAGGCUUAUACCGCAACUUAGUUACAAGCUUUAACAAUUGGUGCGAUAAAAAUUAUCUCCAGUUGAAUUUCUCAAAAACAAAGGAAAUUGUUGUAGAUUUCAGGAGGGGGGAAACACCAGAUUAAAGAUCUCAACAUAAAAAAUCAAAGUGUAGAGAAAGUUACUUAGGUGUCACCAUUAAUAAUAAGCUAACAUGGCAUGAGCAUGGCCAAAUGCUGUAUAAGAAAUUCAACCAAAGACUGUUCUACCUCAAAAAACUGUAAAUUUCGGCAUAAACAAACAAGUCGUUAACUUAUUCUACAGUGCAACAAUUGGAAGCCUGCUUAAUUUCAGUAUUACCUGCUGGUGUGGGAAUUCAACGUCUGAUAUUAAACACCGCAUAAACUGACUAAUCAAGAAAGCUAGGAACAUAACACAAACUAAACAUUCUUCACUUGAAGAACUAUUUGAAGAAAGAUGUUAUUGUAAAACUAAACACAUUUUGGAUGAUACAUCCCACCCCCUUCAUCACAGAUACUUAGGAUCGGCCCGUUUGGGACGAAUUCUUUCCGUCACGGCGAGGACUGAAAGAUACAAAAUUUCUUUUUUUCCCCGAUCUGUAUGAAUUUACCAGUGUGCUCCCCCUGAAGUCACAAAUCUUAAAAAGCACCAAUAAGUCCCUGAUAUCGGCUUAGAGAACACACUGAAUGGCAGGGAUUUAAAAAAAAAAAAAUUAUUACUAGUACUAGUGAAAUAAUUUUAUUAUAUAAAUGUCUUGUGUUGAAAUUGUUUUAUUUAUGUGCUGAAAAUGUACAAUGCAAUCAUAAAAUAUUUCCAUUUGUUUGGAUCCAAAAAAAUCUUAUCUUAUAUUCAUCACGUAACUGCAAAAGGAAACAUCACAGUUGGUUUCUUGUGAAGGAAUUUCAGGGAAUCUAUACCGAAAGGGAAAGCGGCAUCCCACAACUUCAUGGUCCGUCCCACCCUUGAAUAUGCCUCAACUGUAUCAAAACAACAGGAACACAAGGACAAAACUCUCCUAGAGGCUGUUUGGAGACGUGCUUUGAGAUAAGUCUUCAACUAUAGACAUGGAGAGAGUGGCUCAGUGACGCGCAGGCUCAACAAAUUUGGAUGGACCAGCCUAGAAGAAAAGGAGAACAAACAGACUGGGGAUGUUGUACAAGAUCAAUAACAGCAUGACUGUGAUCAACAAUAACAGCAUGACUGAGAUCAACAAUAACAGCAUGACUGAGAUCAACAAUAGCAGCAUGACUGAGAUCAACAAAAGUGAAUUCUGCAAACCCUCUGAUGAAAGAACAUGGAUUCAUCAAGAUCAUGAUUUCCACCCUGCCCUGUUCCAUUCAUUCUUCCCUUGGACAAUCUCUGAGUGGAACAACCUCCCCCUCGCCACCACAACCUCCCCCUCACUUGAGUUGCUCAAGUCACGGCUCUGUGGCAGCAGACCCCUGAAAUCACACACACACACACAACCCUUUAACUCUUUGCAGUUCAUGGGUUUUUUUUUAAAUAUUAUUUUUUUUAAAUUUUUCCUUAGGUCAUCUCACAUAAUGGAAUACCAUAAAAAGAGUGGUUAAUGUUGUUAUGUAUUUAAUUGUUCAGAAGUGAAUGGAGAUUCAUAUUUUAUAAACAGUUCUUGAAAAUGAUUUCUUACAAUUAUGAUUGAAGUGAGAAAAUGAUUUUACAUUUUAACAUUUUUUUACUCAAACAACAUACUGUAAGAAGAAGAGAAAAAAAACCUUUAGAAGUAUGCAAAAUUAUUCAAUUAUAAAGUUUAAAACCUUUUUUUAAUACCAUUAGGAGGAUAUCUUUAAAUACAUAUAUUUUUUAAAUAUCAUAUUAUACUGGGACUGUGGUGGCAGAUAAAUGAGGCUUCUGUUGAUUUCUGGUUUACAUUUGAAGAUAAAGAGGGGAUUACUUACUUGCUACAAGUCAAGUCAUGAUUUUUUAAAAUUGCAUCCUUCGCCGAAUAAACAUUUUAAUCUGCCAAGGGUGCACCAAUUAAAUUCCAUGUUUUAUUUUAUAUCCAGCUGUUGAAUUAUGCCACAACAACCUUGAUGUUCUCUGAUAAAUUGGUGGACAGCAAUAUCAUCACUUGGAACAAAGUGGUUUUACUUCAUGGUAAAAACAUUUCUAUAAAAUUUGCUAAAUAUAAUGCUUCAGUCAGGAAUGAGGACAAAAUUUAAAUCCAGUCAUUUUUUAACAAAUGUCUACUGAUAUUACUAUAGAAAUGUAUCUUUGAAGUAAUUCAACAAAGUGUAAACUAAAGCAAUCUCUGUCAUUGUCAUGAAUAGUAUUAAUGUAAAUUUAUUACUCCGAUCUAAGUUGACUUGGACCACACUCAUUUACAUAAUCAAAAGUGAAUGUCUCGGCAUUCAUACACAUAAUAAUCCCAAUAUGUAUUGAAAGUAAAAUAAUUAUUAAUUUUAAGAUAUUAUAAUUUGUAAUAUUAAUUUUUACUGGAUAGGUUAUGAUUGUCAAAUUUUACCCCAAAUUUUUAAUACUGUCACAAAUAAAAAGUGAUGUUUAAAAUGUCAUUUGUCUUUUCAAAGGUCCGCCAGGCACAGGCAAAACAUCAUUGUGUAAAGCCCUGGCCCAAAAGCUGUGUAUACGAUUCUCAGAUAGAUAUUCACAUGGCCAGCUUGUGGAGAUCAACAGUCACAGUCUUUUCUCAAAGUGGUUUUCUGAGGUAGUGAAACUUUGAGAGGAAAUUACUAAUGUAAAGAGAUUUACAAUAAUAUUGGAACACACUGUUAGGACAAACAAUAAUACAGUUUAAAGCAGGAGUAAAAGUAAUUAAAUGGAGGAUCUUCACAUUAAUUAUUGGCACUUUUAAAUAUGCUUUUGCACCAUUUCAGCUGUAAGAAGUCUAGGCCACCAAAUGGCACUUAUUUAUUUCAGAUGAGAAUAAAUAUUACAAUAAUUUUAAUUGAGUAUUUAUGUUUAUAAAUAUUUUUUCAGAAUUUUUCCAUAUUGAACCAUUUGUGACUUAUUAGUGUUGAUGCUGACACCUGUUAACUUUCUUUUUCUUAGAGUGGUAAGCUGGUGAUGAAGAUGUUCCAAAAGAUUCAAGAAUUGAUGGAAGACCCAGAAGCUCUGGUGUGCGUGUUGAUUGAUGAGGUAAUAAAUGGCCUUCAAAUGUUCUAGGGCUCUUUGUUUUAAGCACAAUGUAAUUCAACCUUAACUUUGAUAACAUUUUUAUUUCAUUUUUUUACAGCAUCAGUUUCAUUCGUGCGCAUUAAAAAAAAAAACAACAUUGUUGCAUUUUCCAAUUGUGGCUAAUAAGAUUUGAAAGGGACAAAAAGAAUAAUUAUUCUAUUUUAUGUUCCCUUUAAAGUUAUGAUUUUGAUUUCAUUCCAGUUUGUAACGUCUGUGUUGGCUAUCAGUAUCUUCAGGAUUUGCAUGCCCCUAUUCUGAAUAUCAGUGGGCUAGCAUGGGUUGUAAAUGAGCAGUGGGGAAAUUUCCAUCUGAAGUACUUCAUUAUCUGCUGGUGGAUAAAGAUAAAUUGAAUAUCCCCAAAAGGCUGAAUUUAGAAAUUCUGUAUGGCCAUUUCAGCUGUCUACUUCUACCCUGUGUUGUUAAAUAUAUGGGUACUACUGUCUUUUAGGGUGAAUAAAUGGGUGGUAUAUAUUUUAUGUCACAGUUUUGGUUACCACUGAUUCCAGGUUGAAAGUUUAACAGCUGCAAGGAAAAGCUCUAUGAAUGGUGUGGAACCUUCUGAUGCCAUUAGAGUGGUGAAUGCAUUGUUAACUCAACUUGAUCAAAUCAAAAGGUUGGUUGCUGUCUACAUUUUAACCAUGACCUAAUUCUACAUUUUCACCAUGAAACGUGGUCAUUUUAUUGUUCAAAAAUUUGUGAACGGUGUUACUGAGGCUGCAUUAUAUUGAUGAACCCUUUCAGUCACAGAAUGUUUAAAUUGUAUUUAGGUUCACAUGCUAUUAGAUCACGUCAUUACCAGUGCAAUAAAUUCUACCUUUUAAUCUCAUGCACACGCUGCUAUUUAAAAAAAAUUCCUUUAUAUUAACAUUGCUUUUGUUCGCGGCUGGCAAAAUCUUCAGACGGAUAAGUGACCCACAUCCCAUCAACCUAUCAAGCUGAAACUUGGCACAAAAUAGCAUGAAUACAAGCGCUAUAAAAUUGUUCAUUCAUCAUCAUCACAUAGACUUGUUGCGGAUGACAACACAUUCUAUCAAAUUUUCAGCCCCACCCUCAAAAAAUCAGUUUUUCCUGUUUCUCAAGAGCUAUGAAGGAAAUAUCCUGAUAAUUGUGCUAAAUGAGAUUCUUUUUUUUUUUUUUUAAAUAUUAUAAGUGUAUUUUGGUGUUUUCUUUUGUUUUUCUGAAAUAGUUGGUGAAAUAAAUCAUAAAUCUGCUGUGUAAAAGCGGGUGGGUCAUUAGAAUAUUAAUAAAAUGUGCUGUUGCGAGCCAUUGGGGGACAUCGGGUGAGCACUAACUGGGAUUCUUAUAAAGUCCAUUACUUAUAUGAAUAAUUUGUCAAAUUUUCAGCCCUACCCCUCAUUGCUCAACAUUAAAUUUUAUAAAUUAUUUAUAUGAAAAACUUUGUUUUUAGAGGUUGUUAAAUUAAAAACAUUACGAUGCGAUAACAACAGGAACCUUGAUCUAAUGAAAACAUUUGUUUUAAACAAAAAUAUUCAGAACAUGGAGGCCUGUGUUUAGUCUUAGUUUUAAUCUACUUCUAAUUCUAAAAAUACUGUAUUUUUGCUUCCCUCCAGAUAUCCCAAUGUUCUUAUUUUAACAACUUCCAACAUCACUGGUGCAAUAGAUUUGGCUUUUGUGGACAGAGCUGACAUCAAGCAAUUUAUUGGUCCACCAUCUGUACGAGCUAUUUACACAAUUUAUCUGUCCUGUAUUAAAGAACUAAUGAAGGUUAGAGGCUAAAAUUUUUUAGAAAUAUAGUUUAUGAUAUCCUUACAUUUUCAUAGAUUGUAUAAACUGUUAAAAAAAUAUUGUAUAUUUUUUUUUUUUUUUACCAUUAAAAAUUUCUAUGUUUAAAAAUAUAGAAUUAUAAUUGGUUAUACGUUAAGCAUUUUCAUUUUUAAUCACCAUUGUCAUAUCAUUUGUCCCUUUUGAGAAAUAUUUAUACAGUACUAUAUUUUCAAUAAUAAAUUAUUGUCACCAUUCUUUAGUGUGGUGUCAUUAGUCCCACCCACCAACUGAUAGACAUACGAGCUCUAGAGGUUACUAGAUUCAUGGAAAAUGGAGCAACAAUUCAAAGCCUUAAAUUGUACAAUGUAGCAAGGUGGGUUUAAGUUUAAUCUAAAAAUAAUGAAAUAAUGUUUCUUCCUGUGAGUCAAAUACAAUUGAAUUAUCCCAUUUGUUUAAUAAAGAAAUUCCUUUUUUUUGUUUAAUUGUUUUUGGUGUAAAGUUAGAUAAAUUGGAUUAGUUGUCAAACACUUUGGAAAUAACCAUAACCUUUAUAUAUAAUUUUAAAUGGUAUUUGCAAGUGAACAGGAAUACAGACCUGUUUAAAGUUUACUCUAACAAUUUUGGCGUACAAUGUUCGAAUUUGGGGUUAUACAUUAUAUAUACCGUAUGUUUAUUUUUUUUUUUUUACUAUUAAGAUACUGCAUUGAACAAUUUUUUUAUUAUAUUUUACGAUUUUAAGAGUUUGAGGGUAAACUGAUCUGGGAAUUGAUCUUAUUUUUAAAUUUAAGAAUUGAAUUUCGUCUUUGCAGGUUUGUUUACGAUGAAUCUUGAGUGUGUAUUAUUUAAGUUAAUUUAACACUUUUGUUACGUAAAUUCCUAAGAGCUGCCCAAUGCUUGCCUACAGUUUUGUGUCUCACUUAGAGUUUUAAAAAUAAAAACAUUAAAAUUUCAACUAUUUCUGAGACUUCCAUAUUAUUUUUUUCUUCUUCAGUAAAAGUCAUGGAUUGAGUGGCAGAACUUUAAGAAAACUCCCCUUCCUAGCACAUGCUCUGUACUUACAGGUAAAUAGAGAAAUGGUUUUUAAAGGUUUCAUGUUUAUUUUUAUUAAUCCCACAUCAGAGAAGAGUUUGAUCAGAUUUUUCAAGUAAAAUUCUUUGGAUAGAGCAAUUGAAGACCUUGGUGCUUUAAGUACCUACUGAAGUUAAAAAAAAACACCCAUUUUGAGAUAAUCAAGUUCAAAUAUUCUUUUAGUGUAUAAAAUGUGAUUAUUUUUAUUUUUGGUUUGUUUAAAUAAGGGACUUUAUUACAUUUUAAUGUGUUCAAAUUUAUGCAGUACACUUGGCUAAACCAUAUAAGAAAGGGUCACUGUUUAGAUUGGUUGUGACAAAAAUGUGACUUAAGUACUUUUAAAAUGUAGGGUCUCCAAUUGUAUUCUAAUCAUAAAUAUGGUGGCUGUUUGAUGAAGUUGUUAUUUAAUCAUACAACUUCAACAAUGCAUGUCAAAGCUGAUAAACCCAAACUAUUCUUACUUUUUUUUUUUAAGGGUAGUCCCGUGACUUUGGAGAACUAUGUGGAAGCAAUGUCUAUGACAGUUGACCGACAGUUCCAAGAAUUAAAUGAUCUGACCAAGAGCUGAAUAUUAAAACCUGGAUCUCAGACUAAAAACCCAAGACAAAGGAGUCUUGUUUGUGAUAUUAUCUCUUCAUAAUAGAUUUUGACAAAAGAUGCAAGACUUGCUUAUUUCUUUUUAUUUAAAAAAAAAAAAAGCUUUUAUUGCAUUCAAAAGCUAAUUAAUAUUUUUGUGCAAGCUGAAAUAAUUGAUUUAUUGAUCUGACAGAAUGGGAAUAAUAACUGAAAUGUAAACACAUCAAAUGAAUUGAUUCAGCAAAGCUUGAAUAAUUAGAACUAAAAAAAUAUUUAAAAUGAAUGACAAUAAUCUAUGGAUCCUGUGCAAAAACAUAUCUAAGUAUUUAUCAUAAAAUGCUUUUGAAGAGAAGGAAAGGGAACAAGAUAAACAAUACAAAAAUUCACUGAUCGUUUGGCAAACAUUGACUGCCUUCUUAUACUGUGAUGUUUAAAUUAAGUUUUGUGGAUGUUACACCAACAAAAAUCAUGAUAAAUCUCAAUUAUAUAUGAAUGCAGCCUGGUAAUGACUGAUGAAACAUUCUUAUCCUCAGAAUUGAUUGCUUAAGACAACCAAAUUUCAAAAAGAAUUGCAUUUAACGCAAAAUUACAAACAAGUGCUUUAGGUGGUUUUCAUCUUAUACUUUUAUCUUCAUACAAAAUGUUUUUUGUACAGCAUAUUUUCUCCACCUUGCUGUGUUCUUUAGACAAAUAAACAUUUUGCAGUUUGUUUACCAAGUCUUAUUUUGUUGAUCUCAGUGUGAAUCAUAAAGGUUUCUUACUAUAUAAAUGAAUUACAAUACAUUUCCUUUGGUGCAUUUUCAGAUAUAAUUGAGAAAUCUAUAAAUAUUAUUCUCUAGGCUCUUUUAAAAAAUGUUACAAAACUCAUUCACUUACAAAAAAAAAAAAAAAAUUAAAAUUAAAUAUAUAUAAAAAAAAAAAACAAAAAAAACAAAAACAAAAAAAUAAAUAAAAAAAAAAAUUUCCUUUGGUGCAUUUUCAGAAAUAAUUGAAAAAACUAUAAAUAUUAUUCUCUAGGCUCUUUUAAAAAAUGUUACAAAACUCAUUCACUUAAAAAAAAAAAAAAAAAAAAUUCAUAUUAAAUAUAUAUAAAGAUAAUGGACAAUAAUUUCAACAACAAAAAAAUUAUUAAGGAAAAGAAAUGUAAUAAUACAUUUACAACGUUGUGGAGUGCUUUAGGAACUAUUUUUUAGAACUAUUAUAUAUCCAUAAUCACAACCUACAAGAAAUGCACAAGCCCAAAAGUUUAAUAUUUUCUUAGUAAAAUAUGUUCCUUAUUAUUAUAAAUACUUUGAAAUACAUUGACAUAGUAAUUUAUUUAUAUUUUUUCUAAAUAGUGCAUUUCAAAAUAAUAGUAGAAUGAUUGUUAUCUAAAAUAACUCUAAAGGAAAUGUAAUAAUUAAAAAAUGUAUAAAAGUCUACUUGGCCUUUUAUUCAGAAGUUGUGUAGAAGCUAUUCAAACUAUAAAAACUUGUUUAUAUGGUAUCUUGAGUUCAAUUAUAUGAGCAAAGACAAGGCCCAUUAUUAAAAUUAUUUCCUGAAUAAACUUUGUUACCUUCUGUUAAUAUAUUCACGAGUGGUUAAUGUUUAAAUGUCAGUCUUUUUAAAAAAUUCAAACAUUAUCAAAAUCAGUCCGACAGCUUCUAUACAAAAAAAAGGGGGACUUAACCUCAGUUGUACAAAAAUUUAUUGAAAGUAUUUAGAGUACUCCAACAAUAUAAUUAUUUCUUUCACUGAUCUCAAAAGAAGCAAACAUAAAAUGUUUUGCCCAAAGCCUUUCUGCUGUAGAAAAAUUUUCCAAGAGUUAAAAGCAGAAAUCUUAGCAUGGCUGGACAUAACAAGAAAAUGACGCAGAUGAAACACUUUUUCUCCUCUUCAUAAGUGCAUUGUUGAUAAAUUAAGGAAACUUUAUAAAACUAUCCACUGUAAUUAAUACCCGGUAGUAAGAAAAAUUGUUAGAAAAUGUUUGGACUGAUUGGGAAUCUAGGUUAUAAACCCCUACUUCCUUAAUAUCUGCGGUACAAUCUACUGGCUUAUGAAGCAACUGGCAGGAACAUGUGCUCAAGUUAUUAAACUAAAUUUGCAAGACAGUUAGUUUGCCAUGGGUUAUACUUUCACUUCAGCAUUUCAACUACAAAUAUUUCAGGAAAUGAAAAACAAGGAUUCACAACAACUUGACAGCCUAAGCUGUGUAAACAUUUUUUUUUAGCUCUCCAAGUCAUAAUGAAGUUGGUAAAAAUGAAUUUGAGGAAGUUCAAACAGCAUUUAUGUCAAAUUCAAUAAAAGGUUUGAAAAGAGACUGUUUCCCAGGAAAAGUGUCCAGUCUUCUUUCACAAUUAAUAAGACAUCAACAGUCAAUACUAUGAUUAUAGAUUUUAUUUUAGCAAUUUGUCAAAACUAUCAAUGUGUUAAGUUCUAAAAAUUACUUUUACAACAAUGAACUGCUGGGGAAAAAAAAAGGUUAUUGCAUUCUGUAACAAAAUAAGCAGCUGUUUCAUACUGAAGAAAACAAUCUUUGUAAGUACUGGCUGCUACUAAGAAAACAUUAUUGACCUACUGCUUCAAAAUUAUGUGAUCAAUUAAUCAACACAAAACAAUGCUUGUUCAAGUUAACCAAAAUAUUUUUGAAAGGGCAACUAUUGUUAUUGUAAACAUAUUAAUUCAUUUUUACUAGAAAGGGGACAAAGUUACAUUCAACAAACAAUGAAUAUAUAUAUAUAUAUAUAAGUUCAAAUAAGUCAAUAAUUGUAUGAGCAUUCAAAGAACAGUUUUA